CCAUUUUGGCUCAAGCCAUUUUGGCCCGAGCCGUCGGGGCUCCAAAAAGACUGGUGCCGUCCUAGACGACGCCCAUCUCCCACGCGCACGGUCUGUAAGCCACACCUUCUGGGCAAUGUCGUCCGAGGGCAUUACCGUCUCAGGCGCCGAGGAGUACCCCGUCUUCGAGUCGUUCGACGACUACGACCUAAAGGAGGGCCUCCUGCGCGGCAUCUACUCAUAUGGCUUCGAGAAGCCGAGCGCCAUCCAGCAGCGCGGCAUCAAGCCGAUCCUGGAUGGGCGCGACACCAUCGGCCAGGCCCAAUCUGGCACUGGCAAGACGGCCACGUUCGUCAUCGGCUGCCUGCAGCGCAUCGACUACGACCUGAAGGCGUGCCAGGCGCUGAUCUUGGCGCCCACGCGCGAGAGCUGGCCAACCAGAUCCAGAAGGUGGCGCUGGCUCUCGGCGACUACCUUCACAUCCGCUGCCACGCGUGCAUCGGGGGCACGUCUGUGCGCGACGACAUCGACAAGCUGAAGGACGGCCAGCACGCCGUCGUAGGCACUCCUGGGCGCGUCUUCGACAUGAUCGGCAAGCGCCACCUGCGGGUGGACGACCUCAUCACUUUCGUCCUCGACGAGGCGGACGAGAUGCUCUCGCGUGGGCUCAAGGAUCAGAUCUACGACAUCUUCAAGACCCUGCCUCCCAACGUGCAGGUGUGCCUCUUCUCGGCCACGAUGGCGCCCGAGAUCCUGGACUUGACCUCCAAGUUCAUGCGGGAUGCAGUCCGCAUCCUGGUCAAGAAGGACGAGCUCACGCUGGAGGGUAUACGGCAGUUCUACGUCGCCAUCGAGAAGGAGGAGUGGAAGCUUGACACCCUCUGUGACUUGUACGAGACUCUCACUAUCACUCAGGCGAUCAUCGACUGCAACACGCGCCGCAAGGUCGAUUUCCUGGCCGACCAGCUCUCCAGGCGUGACUUCACCAUCUCGACCAUGCACGCUGAGCUGGACCAGAAGGAGCGGGACCUGGUGAUGCGCGAGUUCCGCUCUGGCUCCUCCCGCAUGCUCAUCUCCACCGACCUGCUUGCCAGGGGCAUCGACGUGCAGCAGGUGUCGCUGGUGAUCAACCUCGACCUGCCGCAGAACAUGGAGAACUACCUUGGCCGCAGCGGCCGCUUUGGCCGGAAGGGGGUGGCCAUCAACUUCGUCACCAACCAGGACGUCCGCACCACAAAGGACAUCGAGAGGCAUCACCACACGCAGGUCGAGGAGAUGCCCACGGACAUUGCGGACCUCAUCCGAGCGCGCCGGAAGGGCGCCGCCGCGCGGACUGAUCCAGCAGGUUUCUGGACGAUCCUCAAGGCGGCUGGCGCCCAGCCGCCCGCCCGCGGCCGCGGCCGCGGCCGUGGUGGCCGGGGCCGCGCCGACGACGUGAAGGCGGAGCCGCCGGCGGCGGAGGUCGCGCCUGGGCUGGAGGACGCGUCCUUCGACAGCGUCGCGAGGGGGGCAGGCGGAGUCGGCACGAGAGGCGUGGCGGCCGGCGCUGUCGCAGCCAGCCUGGGUGGGAGCCUCGGCAGCGUCGACAGUCUUGUCACGGACGAGGGGUCGCCUUCCUCGGUGCGGUCGCAGUCCAGGCAGGCCCCUGGUGCGACUGCCAGCAGCUCAAGCGGAAUCACGCAAAGCAUGAACAACUCUCUGAUGAGCCGCGUCACGGCGGCCAAGCAGAUGAUCGUGGGCCACCAGGACAUGGGCAACGUCGGCACGAGCCUUCCGCUGCCGCUGCCUUCGCGCGAACAGACGGACGUCAGCCUGACGUCAACGAUCGCGCCCUUCGAUAACGAUACCAGCCAGGCGUGCCUGAAUACAGCUAAGACGUACGGCCCAGUUGGAUUCAACAUCUUCAAGUUGGACUUGCACGGCAACCCCGCGAAACGGGCCCACGCGAAUCUCAACGAGCUGAACUCUCUGAUCGACGUGGUCUACCAGAACGGAUUCAAGGGCAAUUUCCCCUCGACGUUCACGGCGACGGUCAGCAUCACGGACCCUGCCGUUCCCAUCGCGGAUAUGUUCGGCAGCUUGGUGACGGCCUCCCCCCCCGAGAUCAUCUGGGCCGUCAUCAUCGGAUCGGCCAAGCUUCUCGAGACCAGCCCCACGCCGGAGCAGGUGGCCAUGCUGAAGCGCGCGCUGAUCACCUUCCCAGUCACCUUCAACGUCGUCGACGGAGGAAUGGACUCGUACUGGGCGGCCCAUGGGUUGCGCGAGAGCAUCGCCGGCAUGGGUGACGCGGUCAAGCGCGCGGCAAAGCAGAGAUUCUUCGACGUCAUGGAGAGCAAGGAUGUGAUCGAGACCUCUGUCGGGCAUGAGGUGGGCGCGCAGAAAACGGCCAAGAUGUGGGCCGAGAAGGUAUCCAUGGCACCGAGCUCAGAGAAGAUUUCGGACACGUACGUGGACGCUUGCUUUACUGUGGGGGCCAGGCUCAUGAACAACCCCUAUACGCAGAAGAUCGCGGUGGAGGGCGACUCUACUGGGGUGACGCCUUUCGACAGCAUUUACAAGUACGAGGCAGUGGUGAAGAGGGCGCAAUCGAGUAGCCUGAUCCACUGGUGCACUGCUGGGCUGCUGGACCUGGUGACCUCCAAGAUGACAUCGGUGGGUGAAAUCAGCCUUCGCCAGCUGACUGGUCGGGGACUCCCAGGGGGGAAAGGACUGCUAGACCUGCUGAUUGCCAAGAACGAGCUCGGGCACUGCUUCAUCACGAAAUUUCGGGCGAUGGGUCUCAACGCAGGGGCGCUCCAACGGAUGGAGGCAUGGUCAGUCGGGCACGACGCGUACCGCACCAUGGUCGGGUACAAGGCUGGCGAGAAGGACGUGUCCUGGCGCACCGCUAUGAAGCAAUCCUCUAAGUUGGCCAUUUCCGUCUUCGAGGAGUGCCUUUUCAAGGUGGACUACGAUUUGCAGAUCAAGCAGCAGUCCCCGUUGAAGGAGAAGAUCGACGCCAUCUACACGGCCCUCGUGGCGGAGGGAGACGCUGUGCCGCAGGAUGACGCCACCGAAGUCACGAUGCAGGACCUCGUGGACUCCGACGAGGAGGAUGAGUUCACAGGGGACCCGAUCAAGAGCAAGCUGACGGAUCCCAAACUGCAGGAUGCGCUGAAACCCUUUUCGAACUUCGUGAAGAACAGAUACAGCCGAGUUGUGAAGCUCAUCGUGGACCCUGGCUCCCCUACAGGCGUGGCGGAAGCGCUUUCAACGUGGUGGAAGGGGCUCGAUAUGGAGCUUGGCAGCGACCAGAACGUCGUCGUCAUCUACGACACCAAGCUGUCUGGGCACCCGAAUGCUCGCGGGCAUCUCCGCAUUAAUCAUUUCAGGGACCAGCACUACGACCGCAUGAUCAAAGGAUCGCUGGCUGCCCUGUGUCGCGACGAUCAGCCGGACGAUGAGAUGCCCUGGAACGUAAUCUACAACAUCUUCGACGGCGGAGUUCACGGCAACGAGCUGAAGUUCGGCAAGGCCUUCCAGGGCAAGGAUGGGAAGGCGCUCAAGAAGGAUAAGCGCAUCCUCUUCCUGCAGACCACCGAGAAGUCCUUGAAGGAGACUAAGGGCAACUACUCUGGUGUCUACGGGCUCCCCACGAUGGAGUUCGUUUUCCAGUUCAGCAAGGGCUCCGAGAUCCCCGAGAAGAAGAAGCUGCACAGCGAGGGCACCAACAAAGACCCAGUGAUUGGAAAGUUCGACAAACCAACGAAGACCGAUACGCUCACGUGGACGGUCAAGCACAGCGAUAAGCCGAGCUUGUACGGUUCGGCGUGGAUCCUGGCCGGAGGGGCAGUCGCCGGUGACGAUGCCAAAGCCGACCCUGGGCCGAAGGGCAAGGACAUGGUGCCGUUCAACUACCAUGGCAUGAACCCGCACGUCUACGACGAGGUCACCAGCGGCGUGAACGGCGUGGCCAACAUCGACCUCACGGGCUGCAACGGGGUGCACGCGAUGCACUCGCUGAUCAAGGACGUGCCGUACUUCGGAGUGUGCUACACUGAGGAGCAGAAGGCCAAAGCUAAGCAGUCGGCCAAGAAAACCAUUCAGAAGAAGCCAGCGGCUGCUAGCAUCCACCAGCGGCCAGCGGCUGCGUCUAAGUCUACCAAUGCCAGGGGCCUUCCUACCGCGUCUAAGGGCAACUUCAAUAUGCCAGGCGUCACCCUCGUCGGCUCGAUCUGCUCGGGCAUGGGGGCGGAUCAUUGGGCGCUCGAUGCGAUCCGUGGCUACGCGUUUGAGCACGUGUUCUGGUGCGAGAAGGACAAGAAGGCUCAGGAGUGGUUGCGGGCGAACGUCUAUGUUGCCUAUGAGUUUGAUGACGCCACCAACGGCUUCGUGGACAAUGCGCCCUACGUGGAUAUCCUGACCACUGGAUUCCCGUGCCAACCCUUCAGCCUAGCUGGCCAACACUUGGGCACUGGUGACCCAAGAGGCAACGUCGCGAGGUACAUCAUCCAAUACAUCGAAAAGCAUCAGCCUCGCGUGAUCUUGCUGGAGAACGUGCCGGGCUUGGCGUCCAAACACAAGAGUACGCUGGACACCAUCGUGAGGAAGAUCAAGGCCAUCGUUGACAAUACAAGGGGGGAACGUGUCUAUAUCGUGGCCGUCAAGCGCAUGGGCCGGAAUGCCAUCAAGUUCGACUGGCCAACGCCUGUGGCGCCGCUGAGCUUGGACAUUAUUUACGACUACCCGCGCCCGCCUGUCGUGGAUUACAACGCCUACCCCAUGGAGAUGUUCAGCCCUAUGGUGCAGCGCCACAUCUCGCAAGCCUUGGAGCGCAUCAAAGCCAAGGCCGAUGAUGAAAACAAGUCAGCGACGGAUUACGGCGUGAUCGUGGAUAUGGGCAGCACGAAACUCAACAUGGCAAUCGGCUACUCCCCGUGCCUCACCGCUACCAGAUGCAAGGGCCGCUCCUACAUGGACCUGCAGACGGCGAAACGCUUGACUUGUACAGAGAUGAUGCGGCUGCAGGGCUUCACCAACGACGAGAUUGCUGGCAUGGAUUUAUCAUCGCAUUCGGACUGGGCACUGGGCUCCAUGAUUGGCAAUGGCUUUACUAAGACGGUCAUCCAGCGCAUAAUGAAGGCAGCAAUCACGGCUGCCGAGAGGCAUCUCGUCUCGGCGAGGCUAACACUGCUGUGUAUCUGUAUAUCCAUUGACGAAGAACACGCCACUCGUCUCGCCAUGGCUGAUUCUCAGUAUCAGGGCCUGACUGAUUCUCUCGCAGGGGAGCUCGCCGAGGAUUCCCAAGUUGGGCAUGGAUCAUCAUUGCAUUUCCACGGCCAGGAUGGCGAUACCCUACCGCAGUUCAACCAUCGCGACUUCUUGGAGGAGACACAGCCUGAGGAGUUGCCCGAGCCUGAGCCGCAGGCGCCACCGUCGUCUCAGGCGUCCCUGGCGUCGCGCCUUGUCCCAACUCCCUUGCGCGUGGCGGGCCCUGUGAUCAGCCACAAGGCGGCGCGUCACUCGGUGAUUGACAAGACGAUCGUCGAGGUCGAAGACGAACCAGAUCCGUCGGCAGUGGCAGCCAUCAAGUCGCCGCCACCACCGGUGGCGACGCAAUCACCGCCGCCAAUGCCAGCCACCCACCAGUCGCCGCCGCAGGCAGCUUCGGCGGCCGCUAAGCCCAAGCCGCUGACGCCGCCGCCGACGCCGGCGACGGCCGCCACGGCGAAGGCAUCGGGGGGCGCGGCGCCAGGGCCGCCGUCGGUGACAGCCGCGUCGCCGGCGCCGCCGGCGGUGAAGCCAUCGCCGCCUUCAGCGGCGACGGCGGCCCCAGGCCCAGCAUCCUUGCCGCCGCCCGAUGGGGCCGACCAGCGGGAGCUGCUGAGGAGGCGAUUGACCGUCGACGUCGGCAGCGGGGCAUCGGCGGCGGCAGGCCCAGCGCCGCGGGCACCGCUGGUGGCGAUGGGCAGGAAGCGCCAUGCCAGCGACGAGGAGAAGCAGCUGGCCAAGACGGCGGCGAAGCUGAUCCGCGGCGAGCCUCGCGAGAGGCGCGCCGCCAUCCAGGUGGCCCACGUCUACGACAAGCGCAGCUCCAUGCCGCACAAUGUCCACGAGGUGUUUCGCAUGCUGUGGCAAGAGAACGUCCGUGAAGGUUUCGUCGAGGGCUCGAAGAACGUCGUCUUCUCUGUGAACUACAAGAUCGAGGGGAGGCAGGCUCAGGAGUCCAUCGGAUCCAACAUCUCAUUUGUUGACAAAGUGACGUGCUAUUGUGCAUCUAAGACGACUUGGAUCCGUAUCAGCGUCCCUCGGGGAACGAACCCGAACUACCCAGAUGGGGUCGAGGUUGGCAAGGUCGUGCAGGCCAUCAAGGAUGACAUUUCGAGUUACAUGAAUGCCACGCUCUUCGUCUACCCAAUUCGCGACGGGGCCGCGUCGAACGACACGGUGGAGAAUUACGACCCGCCGGGCGAGCCCAGCGGCGUGUCCCCUCUCUGGGACGAGUACGUGGUCCACAAGGGGACUCGCCUGUACAUCUCCACCACGGAGUUCAUGUCCGUGGGCAACUCGCCGCUGUCCCCGAUUUCAGAAGUCGCUGGAGUUGACGUCGAGCCGUACCUGAAGUACCAGAUGUGCAUCCAGGAUCUGCUUAAGUGGGACACGAUAUUCGUGCCCAACCCAGCCUUUGGCGUUAAGGAUCCUGGGGAGGAGGACCUGUGCACUACAGCGCUGAUCGUCAAGAGGUGCUUGGUGUCAACCCUGGGCCACCCGAAAGGCGCUGUGAACGACCUUCGCCUGUUCAAGAACUCCAAGGGCUACGCGAAGAGGGAUCCUAUCGUUCACAAUCAGGUCUUAUGGCCCAACCCGUGGUACUACGUCGUGCUCAAUCCAUCUGCGAAGCCCUGGAGGUGCUUCGAUGAUAAGGUGGCUGAUCGUCAAUGGCCAUCGCCGGAGGAGGGUGACGCCGAUGCCUGCGACCCAGGUUUUCUAAAUAAUGUGUCCCCAAUUCUGCCCGCGGGGAUCUUGGAGCGGCCAUGGGACGCAAUCGAAGCGAUCAAGACCAUCGUUGACACCAUCAUCAUGGAUCAUUCAUCGGUAAUCCAGCGGCUUAAAAACAGUGACGCGAUUCAGAGAUUGUUCCAGCAAUCGAUUGGGCAGAAUCCAGAGAAUGUCGAGCUCGCCCACGUGAGGAACAUGUCGAACGCCAAGCAUCGUUUUGACUCUGCCCUGCGGCCCCUGAUUCGCUUCAUUGUGUUUUUCGAUGAGGUAUGUUCGCUCGCUAAGAAGGUGAGCAUCCUGCGGCACGGGGCCGAGUUGGCCAAGGACUUCAACGCUUUCAUCGAGUUCAUGUCUGGGCCAAAUGGGAUAUCACAAGCACUGCUCAUUGGGCUCAUGGCGGAGGCCGGUGAGACAUCAAUCGAGUUCAUCAGGUUUCUGGAUUCGGAGGCGUGGGGCGCUGCUGACCUGAACUAUGCCCUCGCUACGUGGGCACGUAGAGUACAUGUUCUGUUUAUGCAACGGCAAGCCUUCUCAUUGCCGAACACGUGGUCUAAGAUGCUAUACGCCAAGCUUGCUAAGCCAAAAGUAUUUCACAUCAAUGGCAUCCCUCACCAGAUAGGGUGGGCCGGAGCUUUGCCGCAAGCUGCGGUGGCCGAUGCUUACCGACACGUUCACGCUUGGGUUUCUUUGGCUAUCUCUGUCAUUCACGCCGAAUUUCCUGCGUGGAGCGUUUUACAAUCGUUUGCGAUUUUCAAUCCAGACCGCAUUUGCAGUAUUACAGGAAUCGACCGAGAUGCAUGCCUCCCUCGUUUGGCUAAGCUGCUCAACUUGCCCGCGUAUCACGUGAAGUGCCAGUGCGACGCCCUCCUACCAGUUGCCGUGACAAAGCUGAGUGUGCCUGACUGCGGAACCACGUUCGACGUGUGGCGCGAUAUUCUUCUAAACUGUGGUGGCAGACACCGUGAGCUCAGAGAGGUGGUGCUGCGACUUGGGACAUGGAGCGGCAUGACUACAUCUGGAGUGGAGCACGUGCACAACAUGCAAGAAUGGUUGUUGGAUAGAAGACGCGGUAGCCUGAACGAGUCCGUCGAGAACGACGAGAUGAAGCUCGUCAACGACCUGGAUGCCAAAUCGAUCGAUAUUGUCUGCGACCUCGCAGCAACUGUGUGGGCUCAUUUCUAUGGGUCGCCACGCACAACGGAUUUCACCAAAGUGAACGGUAACGCAGGAUGCGUGUCCGUGGGAGGCACUGCCAGGAAACCUCGCUACGUCUGGCUGUCUCAGCGCUUUCAGGCGGAGCACGCGGAGAAAUGUUCGGCCAUGAGGCAGGCCAUGGCCUUGCCCAUAUCCCAUUGGGCUGAGCUUGACAGAGCUCAAUGGUUAGUUCACGGACAGCGAGCUACAGCUGCUAAAAAUUUGUCGGCGAUCGGCGUUGUGGCUGAAUCUCAGGCCGACGAUGUAAGCGGCGAUCGCUUACUGUUCACGCCGACGCAGCUGUACAAAAAGUUUGUGCAGAUUGCGAACACAAGCGUUGACGCCUGCCCUGCCGUGCUGCCGCAUCGCCCGAUGCCUAUGCCGAAGGUCUGUCAGCCCAAGUUCCCGCCGCCUAAGUAUCCUUCCAAAGCCGUGGCCAUCGCAGCGUUGGCGAAGGAGCCACCGCGGCCGGCAAGGCAGAAACCUUGGGAAGCGCUCAGGGCUGCGCUGCUUCGACAGAAAAAGAUGGAGACGGCCGAUGGAGGUGCGAACAUGGCAGAUGGAGGUACGGAGAGGGAGGUACGAACAUCUGGACAGACACCUGGACACCCCAAGUGCUUGUGCUAUCAGCUGUGCGAGGACCAGGUCCAGUGCAGCGGCAACAAGCAGUCUCGGAUUGUGCGGCACGUCUUCCCCUCUGGGAAAUUCGGGGACAUCUACUGUCAAGAGUGCUGGAACAAUGUUACGAGUCAGGAAGGUAAGACGUCGCUCAGGUGCCAGCUGCUCGGGCAUCCGAAGUGCACACAGAUGGUUCCAGACUCGUUGGAGGACCAGGAACCAUAUCAUAUUUGCAUUGGCACCGAGGAGGACAAGCUCGUGCAGCACGUGUACAAAGGGGCACUCCUCGACGUGUACUGCGUGACGUGCUGGAAUGGGUUCAAGAAGCGACCUAAAUGGCAUGAUUUGCAGUGCAUUAGCGUG